UACUUGGUCAGUUUGCCUUGGGAAGGUAUAUAAACAUACUUCAUCUACCAUGGAGUUAAACAAUUAAAAACAUCAAUUUGUAUACCCUUGCCAACAAUAAACUGUUAAAAUCCUUUGCAGGGCACUUCUAAUAAUAGGUAGUGGUUUUAAAAAAUUUGCAUGCGAUUGUGAUUUUAAAUAAUAAUAAUGGCGUUUUAAACUGUGGGCCACAACAACCAGGAAGGAGGAAAUAGGGAAAAGAACUACAGAUCCCAACAAGUUCCGCGGCGGUACCACGCAAAGUUAGUCGGGAGUGGCGAGACGUAGCCAAUCGGAGAGGGUGUUAGUCGAUAUCGUAGUGGCAAGCUGCUCCAAUGGGGGUUGUGGAUGUUGAUAGGGAGGUCACUGGUGGGAGUGCUCCAUGUGAGGCUGGCGGACAUGCGAGCCGGUGCCUGACGUCAGCGGGAGCGAACAGGCGGCGGACCGAGAGAGCCGGGGAGUCGUCUGUCUCAGUUAGUCGCUGUGUCUCUGCCUCGUCCUCGCCCGCCGAGAGCAGCAGCAGCAGCACAACGAGAAGAAAAUGGCCGACGACCCGACCGCAGCCGACAGGAACGUGGAGAUCUGGAAGAUCAAGAAGCUCAUCAAGAGCCUGGAGGCCGCCAGAGGGAAUGGCACCAGUAUGAUUUCGCUCAUCAUUCCUCCCAAAGACCAGAUCUCACGAGUUGCAAAAAUGUUGGCGGAUGAGUUCGGUACUGCUUCAAACAUUAAAUCUCGAGUAAACCGUCUGUCUGUGCUGGGGGCCAUUACAUCUGUGCAGCAGCGUCUUAAACUGUAUAAUAAAGUACCACCUAAUGGUUUGGUUGUCUACUGUGGAACAAUUGUAACAGAAGAAGGCAAAGAAAAGAAAGUUAACAUUGAUUUUGAGCCCUUCAAACCAAUUAAUACAUCCCUAUAUCUCUGUGACAAUAAAUUUCAUACAGAGGCUCUGACUGCGCUACUGUCUGACGACAGCAAAUUUGGGUUUAUCGUAAUUGAUGGUACUGGAGCUUUGUUCGGUACGCUCCAGGGAAACACACGGGAGGUACUACACAAGUUCACUGUGGAUCUACCAAAGAAGCACGGCAGAGGAGGUCAGUCAGCUCUGCGUUUUGCUCGCCUGAGAAUGGAGAAGAGACACAACUAUGUGCGGAAGGUAGCAGAGACAGCUGUGCAGCUCUUCAUCAGCAGCGACAAGGUGAACGUGGCGGGCCUAAUCUUGGCUGGAUCAGCUGAUUUCAAAACUGAGCUCAGCCAGUCUGACAUGUUUGAUCCGCGAUUGCAAAGCAAAGUACUGAAACUGGUGGACAUUUCAUAUGGAGGUGAGAAUGGUUUUAAUCAAGCAAUCGAACUGUCAGCUGAAGUCUUGUCCAGUGUGAAAUUCAUUCAGGAGAAGAAACUAAUAGGGCGAUAUUUUGAUGAAAUCAGCCAGGAUACAGGAAAGUACUGCUUCGGAGUGGAUGACACAUUGAAAGCACUGGAGAUGGGUGCCGUUGAAAUCCUGAUAGUUUAUGAAAAUCUAGAUAUAAUGCGAUAUGUUCUCCGCUGUCACGGCACAGAAGAAGAGAAAAUCUUGUACCUGACUCCUGAACAAGAGAAGGAUAAAUCCCAUUUCACGGACAAAGAGACUGGACAGGAACAUGAACUAAUAGAAAGCAUGCCCCUCCUGGAGUGGUUUGCCAACAACUACAAAAAAUUUGGAGCUACUCUAGAGAUCGUCACAGACAAGUCACAAGAAGGAUCUCAGUUUGUGAAAGGCUUUGGUGGGAUUGGUGGUAUCCUCCGGUACAGAGUGGACUUUCAAGGAAUGGAAUACCAGGGAGAUGAGGAAGACUUUUAUGACCUGGACGACUACUAAGUAGUUCGGACUAGGUCUGGUUACAGGUGCCUAACCCUCCAGCAUCCAACCCAAGGAGUGAAGAUCCACAGCGGAAUAAUCAAUCCCUGCCUUAGAACAGACAUUUACACAACUUGUGAUACUCUAAAUAUAUUGGAGAUGGUGAAUUUAAAAAAAAAUAACACUGUUCAAUUUGUCAUAGUGUCAAUACAGCAGCAACACCAAACUACUGUGUUCCUAAUGCCAGUUUGGACUAAUCUUUUGAAAUUUUUUUUUUAAUUUUUACUUCAAUGGGACUUUUGUUGCUGUUGUAUUUUAUGAAAUUCAGAUUUUUUUACCUCCAUAUGUAGAGGCAAAUAAUAAAAAUGGAAUGCUAUUGAACUUCAUUUCUGCAGGCUGAAUGGAGAUGAGCUCUCUGUUUUCCCCCUUGGAGAGAGUUUCUAUAUUGAAAAAAGGCAACUUGAGUAACUUGUGCAGUAUAUGACCCCAUUUACAUGGGUUAUAUUGAGCCAUGGCUGUACAUGAGAAGGAGGGGGCUAGAAUAAGGCCUUUGUCAUGCAAGUAAUUAAUCUAUUUGAAGUAAAGUGGGGGUUGGGGCGAAUUUUCAGAUUUGCAUAUAAUUUUCUUUUUGGCUUCCGCCAUUGCAAAGGGAGUAGGAAAGAGACCCUCAAGCCUUUUAUAUAAAAAAAUUUAGAGGGGUUCACUUCCGUAGCAUUUUGCCUACUGCAAGGUAUUGACAGGAUGGGUGCUAGCGAUAUCUAGUGGUGGUAUAAGGUGCUGUAACCCCAAGCAAUAUUUGUACCUGCAGUGGUCUCGACGGUUUUAGACAAGAGUUCCCAUUCAAUUGUAUUAACAGUAGGUUUCCUUUGGCUGCUUGCAAGUCGAGAGCCAGUAAAUUCUAACUUUGGGAUGUGUGAUGGUUUUGAUCUAGAUGGCUGUGUAUUGUAUUAACUUAGGAUCUGCUCCAUAUUGGGGUUUAUUGUUGGUACAGUACGCGUAUGAACUGGGCGCACCCUUGGGAUCAUGCUGCAGGACCCAGCCUCUGCUGCACAAACUGCAAAUUGGAAAAUUGAUGUCUGUGUGAUUCUUCUAAGUAGCCCACUUUCUAGCAAAGAUACCCAGGCACCAUCAUCCACUCAUUAGAUGCAGGUAUCACAUUUCCAUUGGGGUUUGAGUUCCUGUUGAGACAGUGCAAGGAAGAUCAAAUUUAAACCCCUGAUUUGACGAUCCAGCAACCUGGACAGAUGGAGUAAGGUGGCUGUUAUUGAACCAGAGCAAUUGAAGAGAAAUGUUAUUGAAAGCGUGAUUGUUUUAGUCAAACUGUAAGCUGGUUAAAAUAGAACAUUAAAACUGCACAGAGCAGUGAGGUCACAUUAGUACAAAGGGAGUGUCUUUGAACAAUGACAUUGGGAUGGAGCUGUACUGAAUUGUUGGACAGGCAUUGAUUGGGAGGUGGAUGGAUGGAAAAUGUCAAAGGAAGGUUUUGUUGACCAGCCUGUUUACUGAAAUCUCUUAGUGGAUGGUAUCUGCUAUUCCUUGUUGUGCUUGAAGUAGUCACUUGUUAAUAUAAUUGAAGCAAGGUCAUUAAGAUUGUUAACUGAAUUAUAUCAUUUGUCACAUUUCAGUAAUGAGUGCUGAAGAAUGCAGUGAAGUUAUGAGUUAAAGGUGGGACAAGUCAAUGUACAUUUUUACAUUGCACACAGUGCACACAAUAUAAUGUUCUGAGUGACUCGUGGUACAUGCUUGACGUAAUGUUGGAAUCAAACCAAUAUCUGUUUACCUGUGAAAUCCUCUAAAGGAUAAGAGGAAGGCAGUGAUUGUGUUGGGAUGUGGUCUUAUUUAUAUCAAAUAAUGGGGAAGAUGAUUCCUGAUUAGAAUUUUCAAAAAUAUAACAUCUCUUUCAAACUCCUUAACUCAGGCCCAGUGUUGCAGUUUAGUUCACUGGCCAGUUUAAUAUGAAUUAGGAGUUCUUUCCUAUCUGACAACUAUUCAAUGCAUAGCACCAUUGCCAUUAAUCAACAAGAGCCUCCACCUAUUCCAUAUCAUCAACUUUGUAAUGUGUACGGUGUAUUGUUCCCAAAGUCUGUUUCUAACAAGAUGUAUAUUUAGUUGAAUACAAUAAUACACUGUAGAAAGUUGACAUUUUAAAAUCAGUUUCCCACUAUGCUUGUGUUCACUGUUAGGAUUAAAAUGUUAAGUUUUCAAAAAGCCCUCUGAGUACUGAAAUCCGUUUGCAGCUUUUGAAACGUGCUUUUUUGUCCAAACAUCCAAAAAUAGUCUUCUGUUUUAAAUGAGUAAAUUUCUAAUGCUGAAUAUAUAAACUAGAAUUAAGAAAGCAAAUGUGCAGAUCAUGACAUGAUUGCAGUUCUGUCUUUGUCAUUUUGGCCUUUGAAGUUUUCAGUACUCAAAAGGAUUUAUAGAGAACUUUGAGGUUAAGAAGAGCAAAAAUGCAAUGUCCUUCUAUUCGUCCUCCCCAGCUCCUGUUCAAAAUAGAAUUGUGCUGGACCAUGCUUUUAGCACUGGGUUGCUCAUACUGUGUAAAUGGGGCCAUUUUGAUACAUAAACCAGAAGAAUAUAUAUAUAUAUAAAUAAAUAUAUAUUUACUUUUUCAAAUAGCCCACUGCUUGGUAUAAGAAGUAUGCAUUGGAAAGUAUGCAGCUCCUUUUGUAGUUUUAAUGUUAACUAUUUAAGUUUGGAAAUGAUGCCAAAAUGUUUUUGUAUUUCUUUGACCAAUGUAUUCUCCUGAUAAGGAAGUGAUCUAUUGAAUUCAGAGAAAAGGGGUCGAUCUCAGCUUUCGUGCACUACAGCCUCUGCAGAAAGAUUCCAAGCAGCAACUUGGUGUUGUGAUGUACAGAAAUGGAGAAGAGUAUUAAAACCAUAUUUAAGAAUA